AUGGCAUCUUCGGAUUCCUCUUUCCACCCACUCGACGAGGUCAAGACCAUGCGGUGCCACCUGAACCAUUCAAAGGUCCAGGCAAAUGAUAAAAUCCACGCGUACUUGAUCCCAUGUAACAACAACUCCGUGGAACACAUUGCAAGCCGCCAAUACAACCAGCAGGACAGUGACAUCGAACAUGUGUGGAGUUAA